UUUAUGGUGAAUCCACAUUGGAUUUAGGUUGAAUGGCGACAUUCUUAGGCCUAUAAUGGCGAUCUGUUUGCCAUAAGAAGCAAGGGUUAAAAUUGGUAUUUUAAACCCCCCACUACGGUCUCCACCUACAUCUCCAAUUUGAAAGCCGCCUCUGCCGGGAGAGGAAAACUCUUUUUCGGUCAGAUGGCGUGCUGCAGUCCGCCCCCAUCAUUCUUGCACCCACACAAACAGUACAAAAAAAAGGCAGUCAGCAACCAAUACGGUGCGCCGGAGGAGGAUUUCUGCCAAAGAAUUAAGACGAGUUGCUAUAAGCGCAGGGACUUAGCUGACGAGCACGCCACUCAAUACCAAACGUGAUAGAAAUUGGUUGAAGAUAUCGAAAAUAUAAUGUCUUUCCGGGCGUUUCCGCAACAUCUGGCUAGUCGGGAUUAGUCCUGUCUUGGUUUAAAACAAAACGAUUUUUUAAUCUGAAUUCAAAUAACAAAGGAUUUCUCACAUAUAGACGAGGGUUACACUUUGAGUAUCAGUUGGCCAUCCAGAUCUGUUUUUUCUUUUUGAUGCGAAGCUCGUAGGCUACACACUGGUAAACUAUAGUGAAAUUAAGCAGUUGUUGAACUGCAUCCCUGCUGAAUUAAUCUGCUUGAUCAGGAGAAGGUACAGUGCCAUGUCUCUGCCACGCACGCUCGGGGAGUUACAGCUCUAUCGGGUGCUUCAGCGAGCCAACUUACUGGCCUAUUACGACACCUUCAUCCAGCAAGGUGGCGAUGACGUGCAGCAGCUCUGUGAGGCGGCGGAGGAAGAAUUCUUGGAGAUCAUGGCACUAGUUGGCAUGGCCACCAAGCCACUGCAUGUGCGUAGGCUACAGAAGGCGCUCCGUGACUGGGCGGCCAACCCGGCGCUCUUCAACCAGCCCGUGUCCAACGCCGCUCCCUGCGGGAUCCCGCUGUUCAAAGUGGAGGGAGCGGGCUCCGUGGGGUCGCAGGGGGGGCCCAGGAAGUCCGUCAGCAACGGCCAGCCGGGCUCGCCCUGCGAGAGGGAGGACAGGGCGUGUCUCACGCCGAUGCACAGCGGGAGCCCCCGGAGCCCUUGCUCUCAGGCGUCCCCCCAGCCCCCCGACGCGCACUACAGGGACAAACUGUCGCCCAUGGACCACCACUGGCUCAACCCCGAGCAGGACGGGAACUGCACGGCGGAGGACGGCUCCCCCAGCCCACCGCUGCACCCGUCCGGCCCGGCGGGUCCCUCCACACCCCCGGGGUCUUCCACGUCGUUCCCCCCCGGGACGCUCUCGGCCUGGCCCGGGGGGCAGCUGGACGGAGAGACGGCCAGGGCGGUGGGGGAGAGUGUGGAGAGGCUCCUGAGGACGCUGCCCCGAUCAGAGCCCGGCGAGGUGAAGACUCUGCUGAGGAUGAACAAGAAGAUGGCAAAAACCGUGGGUCACAUAUUCAAGAUGGGCCCGCAAGACAGGAACAAGGAAGAGGAGAUCAGGAAGUACAGCCUGAUUUAUGGGAGGUUUGACUCAAAGCGGAGGGAAGGCAAGCAACUCACGCAUCAUGAGUUGAUCAUCAAUGAAGCUGCUGCCCAGUUCUGUAUGAGAGACAAUGCCCUUUUGCUGAGACGUGUCGAACUCUUUUCUUUGGCUCGGCAGGUGGCAAGGAAGUGUGCCUACACAUCAACAUUAAAACACGCUCGGACAAUUACAGAUGACAAUAAUUUCCUAUCGCAAAAGAGGGUGAAACAUGAGGUCAUUGUGCCGGAAAGCGUGUCUUCGCUGGUUGGGGUGGAGGGGUCAGAGGUAACGACCCAAAGGGCGGAGGACGACAGUGUGUCUAAUGAAAGCCUGGACACUGUAUCCCAAGACACUUCUAACCCGGUCAACUGGAGUCGCCAUCUCAUACAGCAAACACUUAUGGAUGAAGGGCUGCGAUUGGCUAGGAUGGUGUCACAUGGCCGAGAUGGCAGGAUCAGCCUAGGGUCAGAAGGCACUCAUUCAACAGAGAUAUGCAAGAGGUUUAGAAGGGCUGAGCACUGCUGGGCUGAGGCAGCAGGAAACAGAGAGAAAGAAAAGAAAAGCAGCAAGAAGCAAACAAAGGCAUGAGGAGGAGGAGGUGGGGAUAGGAAGCACUCUGUGGGCGUUCAGAUCUCCCUGCCCCCCCCCCCCCCCCCCACAGCAGCAGCGUCUGACGUCAGACUUUUAGAUUACGAGAGUAAAGAGGAACAGGGGAGUGCAACAGCGUGUAGGAGCCGGAGCCCUAUCAUCACAAAGGAGGAUUUGGACCACAGAGGGAAAUGAAAAAUCCUAAGGGGUACACUACAUCGUAUGUACAGACCUCCAUCUCAACUUCAACACAUCAUGUACUAUAUGGACUGUAACUGAGCAGGUUUAAGUUCUCACAUCAAUUACUAGAAAAUCGACAAAAGUGGCUUUUAGGGGGAAGAAAUCCAUAUUAUUAAACUUAUCCUUGUCUUGAUUGAUGGUUCCUCAGCCUUAGGAUGGCAAGUCUGGGUAUGUAAUAGAAAGCCAUAGGUGCCCAAACCCACACUUAAUAGACAUGGUGGUAUUUAUUUAGAGUUGAUACGAGUCUGGAAUGAACUGGAUGGGGUCACUGAUCAAGUAGGCAGGGUUAUUUGAAUGACGUUAGGGAAAAAUGUAAUCUUUAAAAUAUCGUUCAGCAUUUUUAACAUAUCAACCUACAAUAUUUGAAAAAUUGUCCUCUGCUGCCCUCUAACCAAAUAAAAUCAUACACAAAUGUAUGAUUUAAAUUGUAAUAGAAAGUGUUGAUGUAAGGCAAAGUAGAUAGUAGAGCGCUAGGGGGUAGCUUCUGAAAUAUCUGCUAAAACAAUAGAGGUUAAUCAACAUUGAAUAUAUACCGUAGCUGUCGUCUUCUAUCUUGUCGAUUUCACAUCAACUCAUGAACCCGGAGAUGAUUUAUAAUUUAUAAAGAAAUUACAUUCAGAUUAAAAAUCCUUCAGUUAUUUGAGUACUGAGACCAUAUGUGUGUGUAGCUAGGGUGUAGAAGUAAUGUGUUUGUCACUCUUCCAACCUUCACGCCCCUCAAAUAUUAACAGUAUAAUUUAAGUCAGUCACUGACAUCUUUGAAAUAAUCAUUACUUGGCAAAGUUUUUGUGUGUCCGGGUUGUUAAAGUAGGUCAAACGACAAUACAACUGUACAACGAUCCAGAUAAUGAUGGGGCCAUAUUUAUUUACUGAAGAUGAAAAAAUGAAACAAGCUUUCCUUUUAACUGAAUAUCAUUGAUGUGUUCAUUACUGUGGUAUUAUAAUCGCACACACAUCUAUCCAUGGUGCAAUCUUGUUUAAAAGAGAAACAUUUUCUUAAAUUUUAGGUGGGAACAUUUUCAGAUGGCUGAGGUUUGCCUAUGUCAUCAAGUCACCCCCACUAACCCAAAAGACCACCCACUCACACCCCUACUCUCCCACAGGGGCUGCUACGUUUCUUAUUGCCACCUACCAGUUUGAAUCUUAUAAAACGAGAGGGAGUAGAGAAGAGUGCACUGCAGUGUUUACCAGCCGGGAUCUGGGGGUUUGAAUGAGUGGCCUUUUCAGUGGUGACUCCAUGACAAAAGCGUUAACAUCCUCAAGAUUCCCUCUUGGAUCGAAAACCCAUCCAAACAACAUCAAAUGAUGAUGAACAAUCCCACACACACUCAACCUGGGGUAAAAAGAUGAUCAAACGGUGCUUCAUUUUCCGACACAGCUGACCCUUCACUACAUUAGAUAUGAAUAUGCUAAUGUUUUGUUAUAUUGUUAUAUUCAUAGAAAUAGUGGGAAGGCCCAUGUUUGGAAAUGCAUUGUCCAUUAUAUCUACAUGGUAUCUACACAAUAAGACAGGCAGCCAAGUGAUGUAAAGAAUUCAAUUAAACUGCAGGUUCUCUUUCACUAUUGUCACCACCCUCACGUUGAAAAACAGAUUAUUUAUUUUAUUAAAUCUCAAUAAACGUUAUUUUAUUGUUUAAUUAAGAAUUGUUCUUGUGAUUUUUCAAGUCAUCAUUUCAUACAUUUUUAGCAUUUGAGGAAUUAUGUAAUUACCUUUUCUAUAACUGAUGGUGUGUUAUUAAUUUAUAGCUUGCGUCAUACAGCCAGUAACACCAUCUUGUUUUGCUGUUUUUUCCUUUCCAUUUCCGUGCGGAACAGUUAGUUCUGUACAGACGAGGCUUGCAUGACUCACCUUUAGUAGUGAUGUCAGCACUCAGAUCCACUCAGCGCUAUGUCACACAUAGCCCUCCUCUGUUGGGUAGGCAACAAAGAUGGUUCUGCAUGGCAGUCAUUAAAACAGAAUGCUACAAUAACGUUUUGGGGAUCUGCUUUUGGAUUGAGGUUUCAUGGUCAUUUUUUCAGGGGUUGUUCAAUUUCUUUAAAUACAAAACCACAGGAAACAGAAGUAGAAAAAAAAAACACAGAAUCGAAAACGUGCACAUGUAAAAACAGUUAACAAUGGUUUGAGAGGUUUAAGGAUAGUUUUGGUUGGAACCCAAUCAAAG